CGGAGGAAGGCCAGGGGCGCGGGCUCCCGCAGCCGCGCGGGCAGGCGGCGCGGUCGAGGACGUCCGUCUCCGGGCCGAUCAAGGAGGAGCGAACAAAGAUGUCAGCCUUGGGGGCUGCAGCUCCGUACCUGCACCAUCCUGCAGACAGUCACAGUGGCCGGGUUAGCUUCCUGGGGGCCCAGCUUCUUCCGGAAGUGGCAGCGCUAGCCCAGCUUCUGGGGGACCUGGACAGGAGCACGUUUAGAAAGUUGCUGAAGCUCGUGGUCGCUGGGCUGCUGGGGGAGGACUGCCGAGAGGCCUUGCGGAGCCUUGGUGUCAGUGCCAACCUGCCCGAGGAGCGGCUGGGUGUCCUUCUGGCGGGCACACACACCCUGCUGCAGCAGGCGCUCCGGCUACCCCCUGCCAGCCUGAAGCCAGAUGCCUUCAAGAACCAGCUAGAGGAACUUGGCAUUCCCCAAGACCUGGUUGGGGACUUGGCCAGCGUGACAUUUGGGAACCAGCGGCCUCUCCUUGACUCUUUGGCCCAGAAGCAUGGGUCUUGGCUGCCCCACGUGUACGACUUCCGGUGGCGAGUGGAUGUGGCCAUCUCCACGAGUGCUCAGACCCGCUCCCUGCAGCCUAGUGUCCUUAUGCAGCUGAAGCUCUCAGAUGGGUCUGCAUACCGCUUUGAGGUGCCCAUGGCUAAAUUCCAGGAGCUGCGGUACAAUGUGGCUUUGGUCCUUAAAGAGAUGGCAGAGUUGAAGAAAAAGUGUGAACGCAAACUGCAGGACUGAACCCUAGUGGGAUGAAGCUGCUACCAGAGCACCACUGCUGGUCAUGAGGCCAGUUUGAUUGAGGGCCUGCAUGUAAGAAUGCAAUUCUCUGUUAAUUGAAUAGGCAGUUAUGUUUUCUUUCUUGCUUUCUUCUUUUUUGCUGAAGGUACAGCUGGGUAGGGUGCCCCAUGCCUGUAAUCCCAGCACUUGGGAGAAUGAGGUUGGAAGAUGGCGACUUUAAAGCCAGCCUGGGUUACAUCAUGAAUACUUGUUACAAAAGCAAAAGAUGUAAAGGAACUAUUAAAAACGUGUUUCUUGCA